AUGAAUGACUGGGCACCUUCCUCUAUUCUCUUACCUCAGGGCCCACCAAAACCCUUUUGUCUGAUUCAACUCAAUCAGCCCAUUGUCCAUGUUCAUCUUUUUGAACGCCUCUGGGCUAAUGCAACCAUACGCCUUUGUGCUGAUGGUGGUACUAACAGGCUUUAUGAUGCCUUUGAGAAUUCACCCGAGAAGCGGGACAAGCAUCUUCCUGAUGAGAUUAGAGGUGACUUAGACUCGAUUCGCCCUGAGGGUGUGACAGUAACGCGGAUAGAGGAUCAAAAUUCAACCGAUUUCACAAAAUGUGUGUGUUUGAUGAAAGAAAAAGAGGCCAAGUUGGGAAUCAAAGAUCUUGAUGUGGUGGCCAUGUCAGCUAUUGGAGGCCGGUUCGACCAGACAAUAGCAAGCAUCAAUACGCUUUAUUUUAUGAAGCAUGAAAAAAACCGACAUUAUGUGCUAGUGAGCGAUGAGAACUUGACAAUUCUUUUAGACAAGGGAAUACAUCAUCUGCAAUGCUCUGAAUAUGAUGGUCCUACAUGCGGUGUUAUGCCUAUUGGCUCCCCAGCAACAAUUACAACUAAAGGCCUAGAGUGGAAUCUCGACAAUACUCCUUGCUUUUUUGGCGGGAUGGUUAGCACUUCUAACGCUAUUGCUGCAGAGUGUGUUGUCAUUGAGACCGACUCACCUGUAGUGUGGACAUCUGAACUUAGACCAGAAAACGUAAAAUAG